UAGCAUCCCAACGAAUUAUUACUGCUCUUCUUUUUGCGGCGUACUUUGCCCUUGUGUAAGACAACAUGGAAGAAAUGUAUAUUCCUGAUACGAAACAAUUGUCCUUUGUUACCAAGGAAACUGUUGACAGGUUCGCCUCAUGGGCUGAGGCUCUGUCACUUCCGGUAGAAGGGCGAAAGAUCGGCGCCAACGCUCUACGUAUGGCUGUGGCCAGACAGAUUCUCAUCAAAUUAUCUCGUCAAAAAACAGACGUGAACAGGUUAUUUGAUGCUCUUGGAAGAAUUGUCUUGACGGUAGCGUCCGGCUGUCUGAAGUGUCCAGUCCGUCUAUCAGACGCAUCCCUACCCAACCUGCCCCGUCCUCAGCGACAAGCACUAAAGGAAUUUGUAACAUUUCAUACCCACUACGUCCAGAGACUCAACAGAAAAGUGCGACUUCUCAGCAAUACGAUAGUACAACACCGCCGUUCACUGGAGACUCUAGGAGACGUUCAAAAGCGAUCACAAACUAUCCGCAGACUAAUAGAGGAUAUGAAGCAAGCUUUGGAGACUAAGGAAGCAGAAUUGCGCGAAUUGAAUAAGCGUUGUGGGUCACGUGGGGUAUCAUGUGACGAACUUGUAGCCAAGAACGAAGACGUACGCCUCCUACAACGAAGGAUAAAGCGCAAGAAAACAUUGAUGGAUGGCGCACUAAUUCAGACAGAUCGAGAAAACGCAACGACCAAAGAGAAACGCCUUAGAGAAAAACUCCAAAUGGUGUACGAUGACGUCCUACGUGACACGAAGUACGAGAUCAUAGACCGCCUUACUUACGGCAUGCGGUGUAUCCGACAGAUCGUCACCAGACUUCCUCCAGACCUUCAGAAGCGCACUCUGCGGAUAGUAAAUAGCCUCGAUUUGGAGGUAACGGCUGAAAGCCUCCUCAAGGUCAGCUCGAAGAUCUACGUGUUCCCUGACCUCGAGCAAUCCCUCGAGUUUCACAACGGUGAGGUACCACAAGGCAAGAUACUCAACCCCAACGAGGGUCAACUAAUUUCCGAGGAGGAUCUGUGGGAGAAGCUUGCAGUGUCUCUAGCUAACUCCCUCAUGUGUGGACCCAGCAGCCCCGGGGAUCAGACCGUCGACUCGGACAUGGGGUAUUGCUCAAGUACUGGGCGCAACUCUACUGGAGGUUACACACAACGACCGCCAAUGAAGAGGUAUGUACGCGUCACACACCCCUCACAGAUCGACAUUCCUGGGUUUCUCUAUCUCAAUACAGGCAUGAAGAUUAAACAGAAAGUUUACUAUGAAGAGCAGGAGAUCGCCUUUGGCUGGUAUCGUCCUCAUAACUUAGCUGCAAAAAGCUGGGGAUUCUAUCUCACUCGUUUGACCGCACCAGCUUCGUUCUCAAAUGAUGACCACACAACCACCAUCUAGAAUAUACUCAGUUGAAUAAGUGACACUGUCCAGUUACCUGAAGGUACUAUAGUCAGCGGCUGCAUGACCGAUGUGAGAUUAUGUACAUCCUAUCAAUCUUCUCAAAAUCAAAUGAAAUACGUCAGUUGAUCCCAUGACUACAAUAGAAAGGCGAACGAGGUCAUGCCUUCAACACAUGACUACAAACGGCAGGGAACGAGGUCAUGCCUUUAUCACAUGACUACAAACGGCAGGGAACGAGGUCAUGCCUUCAACACAUGACUACAAACGGCAGGGCACGAUGUCAUGCCUUCAUCACAUGACUACAAACGGCAGGGAACGAGGUCAUGCCUUCAUCACAUGACUACAAUAGAAAGGGAACGAGCUCAUGCCUUUAUCACAUGACUACAAACGGCAGGGAACGAGGUCAUGCCUUCAUCACAUGACUACACUGGAAAGAGCACGAGGUCAUGCGUUUAUCACAUGACUACACUAGAAAGGGCACGAGGUCAUGCCUUCAUCACAAUGUCAUGACUACAAUAGGCAGAGCACGAGGUCAUGCCUUCAUCACAUGACUACAGCGGGAUAAUAGCAUGUUUUGAACACAUUACUACAAUAGGGAAGAAACGAGGAAUUCCUUGAUCACGUACAUGAUUACGUAUUUGUACAAUAGUGCACGAGUCAUUGAUGUUACCUUGAUCACAGUCAUUAUGGGUGCACCAGAAUAUCAUUCGUUCUCAUCUGUGAUUUGUUUCAUAUAGCACGUGACCACAGUCACGUGAUCAGUUGCCAUGACUUCACAAUGAAGGUGGUAUUUGUACGCAUAAUGAUCCUAUCGAUGAGGAAAUUUUGCUCACUUCCACGUUUUUACAGACGGUUAUUUGUUCAAUGAGUCUAAUAGAUCGUUAAUGACAGGCCAGGAGGUGAUUUUGUUUUCAAUAAAAGGAAAGGAAGUUAAAAUACAUUGUACACUAGCGUGUUCACAAGAUAUUCAAUAAAUGCA